AUGAAUUUUGACUAUAAUACGCCCGUAUAUAAGGCUGUCAAAACACUUUCCCAGCCUGUCGGAAUCCGACAAGAACAUAUCGCUGAAGAAGAAACUCUCCUCUACCUGAAACCCAAAUAUGACCACCGAUCGCCCAAUGAAUAUACCAUCAAGAGAUAUUGGGACGACUCAACGGUUUUCACAGUCACUGGCCAUAAAUAUGGUGACACCCCAGCUCGCGAAUUUCGCGACUCCUCGGGACUCCCGAUGUUCCAGUCUCGUGCCUCUAUCCUAGCAUGGAAAAGACCACUGCGGGUGCGAUUACCCGGCAAGGAAGACGAAGAGCUUGUGGAUUUCAGGGUCGACAUGAAAAAAGUCUACAGACUCACAUUCCGCAACUCAAUGGAGCCGGACUCCAAAAGCGAGAGCGACAGAAUGGCGACGGUCGAAGUGCGAGAGACGGGUUCUUUCGCAUGGCAAGGAUUCUCGGCCACUAUUGGGGGCCAGAAAGUGGUUGACGUUCGUGAGAGCAUGACAAUGAACAAAACACUACCCAAAGCGACAUCUCAAGGCGACGUGUCCUUGAUGCCGCGACAAGUGCUUGAGAUUCUGGUGGCUGAGGGAUUUGACUUGUCGCUAGCUGCACUAAUUGCCGUGUACAUGGCAGAUACGAGAUUCAGUACUGCACCUCCUCCCCGGUUCUAA